CCUUAUCUAAUUUAUUCAGCGCAGCCGACGCGCCAUUUUAUUUUAGUCUCAGAUGAAGCGGAAGUCGGUAGAGUCAGCCGAGACGAGAGAUGGACCCUUUAAAGGAGAAGGAUGAAGAUGAACUGAAGAAGAAGCCACGCAGCAGAAGACACAGCUUGGAAACACCUCCCAACAUGUCUGGAAGUGAAGUAGCAUCACUUGAGGAAACACAAAGGGAGACUUCCUCCCCUGAGCAAGUCCGACUCACUCUGCCUGAGUUCAGGAUUGUGCUCGUUGGGAAGACUGGGGCUGGAAAGAGUGCAGCAGGAAACACUAUCCUGGGCAGAAGAGAGUUUAGAUCUGUGGUGGGCACAGGCUCAGUAACAAAAGAGUGUGAGAAGAAAAAAGGAGUUGUUGCAGGUAGAGACAUUGCUGUGGUCGACACACCAGGAUUCUUUGACACUGAGCUCUCUUCAGAGAAAGUUAAAAGUGAGACUGUACAGUGUAUUCCCAUGUCUUCUCCGGGACCCCACGUGUUUCUCUUGGUGAUACCUGUGGGACGUUUCACAAAGGAAGAGAAGGAAGCUGUGGAUAAAAUCGAGGAGAUCUUCGGUGAGGGAGCUGCAAAGUACACCAUGGUCCUUUUCAGCCGUGGAGACGAUCUGAUAGACAAGACCAUUGAAGAGUACAUCCAGGAAGCCAGCAGAGAACAUAAUCAGCUUCUUGAGAAGUGUGGGAACAGGUAUCACGUCUUCAACAAUAGGAACAUGAACGAUCGCACCCAGGUCACUGAGCUACUGGAGAAAAUAGAGGCAAUGGUGGCAGAGAACGGAGGCACAUGCUACACCAACGAAAUGUACCAGGAGGUGGAGGCAAAGAUCAGAGAGAUGGAACAGAGAUUAAAACAGCAGUAUGACGAGGAACUGCAUAGGAAGGAAGAGGAGCUGAGAGCAAAGUUCCAGAAAGAAAUCGAUGAGUUAAAGGAGAAGACGGAAGAGAAGUUUGAAAAACUGGAUGAGGAGAUGAAACGAAGAGAUGAGAGGAUUAAAGACAUGGAGGAAAAGCACUUGCGCGAGCGUGAGGAAUUCAAGAGGUUCUACGAGGAAAAGCACAGAAAUGCGAGAGGAGAGGCAGAAAAAUCCAUUGACAUGUAUGGUUAUGCCACAGGAUUGUUAAGCCGUUUCUUUACUGGUUUGAAGCUGUAAAAAUGCCAGAUGUGUGCAGGAAACAGAAUCUAAAGAACUUGCAAUUCUACCUAAUUUUGUACAUAACUGACUGAACAAUAUAUGUAAAUUAAAUGUAAAUUUGUGCAGUUUUGAUAAUGUUACCUAAAUGUAUCAUUGUAUAUUUUUACUAAUUAACCCUGUGACGCCCCAGCAGUCACUACUUACAGGAUUACUGUAUGAGCGUUGGAGUCCUGUAUCGAUGAUUCAGACGUUUCAAGAAUAUUCUGGAAUAGUGCACAUUUACAUGGACAAAUUUGGAAUAUUUUAGAAAUCAUGACAUUUGUUAUGAAUAUUUUUGAAUAUAAUACAUUUUCAUAUUUUUUUUUUUUUUUAAUGUGUAAUCGGCAAUUGUUUUCUUAAUCAUUUUCUCCCCAAUUUUAAAUGCACUAUUUUUAAGCCUGGCUCGCCGCUGCAACCCCCGCGCUGACUCGAAGAUGAAAGACGAAGACGAGCAGACGCUAUCCUCCUAAGUGUGUGUUGUCAGCCAUCCACGUCUUUUUAUUCUGCAGGCCCGCCAUGCAGCCAUCUCCGAGCUACAGCGUCGGAGGACUAUGCAGCUCUGGGCAGCUUACAGGCAAGCCCACAGGCACCCGGCCAGACCACAGGGGUCGCUGGUGCGCGGUGAGCCGAGGACACUGGCUGACCUUAGGCCUCCCCACCCCAGGCGGCGCACCGGCCAAUUGUGCACUGUCCCCUGGGGACGCCUGUCCACAGUCAGCAGUGGAAUAGCCUGGACUCGAAAUGGCGACGUCCAGACUAUAGGGAGUAUCCUGCACUCCAUGCAGAGCGCCUUUACUGGAUCCACCACGUGGGCCCCCAUUUAUUUGCGUAUUAUACGAUAGAAUAUGUGGAAUAUUCUAAAAUAUUCUUGGAUUAUUCUUUGAUUUUUUUUCUGGAAUGUUCUAGAUGUGACUACAAUGGUAUGUAAGUGCAAGGCCGUCACAGUAUGUAAAUGUAUGAUGUGUGCUCAAGGUGUUCGUAAUGAUGAAUAACAAUAUAUGUGAUGUUUUACUACAAGAACUCCACGUAAAUAAAGAUGAUAGACAUGAUGAGAAAACAAAGCAUUCAUAGCAAAAGAAGAUGCAAGAUGCCAUUUGUGUGACGAGAAAGGAACGCAAGUCAAAACAAACGUGCAAUGGUGAACAUACAGAUUCAGCGUGUAUGCAGCUCCUGCAGCAGUGAAGAAGAGCCACACAAUGUUUAGAACUAACUGUAGAUAAAACUGAGCAUUCUGUAUAUUAUGUAUGUGCUCUUGCUCCACCUUAUUCUGUAGUUAUGCUGUAAUUAAAUACAUAUUUUUUCCUGUG